AUGGCUCCUCCCAUUCACUCUUCUCGCUCACUCGAAGGACUCGAGCGAGUUGUACCACCUCACUCACCCAAAUCCCCGUUUCCCCGCGAUCUGUUCCUCAACAAGCCUCUUCCCGCGAGACCACUCUCUGAAGAACGAGAGUGUGCGAUGUGGAGUGACUCCAGCGAUAGCGAAAGUACAGUCGACAGUAUCGCCAGUGAACCCCGCAGCUCAGCCGACAGUUACCCCAUUUUCGUUUCUGGCUCUGACGACUUCGAGUUGGCCGAUCCCCCGACUCCAUCCGCCGAUCUUUCUCUGACUCCCGUAUCUCCACUUCCUCCACUCAAGCGCACGGACGCCAUAGAUAUCACAAUCGACGAAUCAAUUGUUCAGCCAUCAUCAGUUUCAUCUUCGCUAUCAGAAACACAAUACGGUCGUUCGCCGCAGUGGACGCAAAGUCGCACAGGUGCCAAUCACUAUUUUCGAGAAAAGAAGUGGGAUUAUUUUCCCGAACUAGCAACUCCUUCAGCCUUACAAGCCAGUGGCCGUGUGAGUCCAAACAUGGUCGCACAAAAUAAGCCCCGCAAGAAGGGCACGAUUUCCGCCCUAGAAUUUGCCAAGGGCAAGUACCGCUGGCAUUCACUCGAUCGCGGUGGUCUAGGCGGAGUCCGUGAGUCAAUCAAAACCUAUGUCCAUCGCACUCUCUCCCGCGAGACACCCCCCACAGACAAUAAGCACCACGAAGCACCGCGCCCGGCAACAGCACCAAUGGACCAUCACUUAAAUGAUGCGUCCAGUAUUCUCGGCCCCAAAGGCUGGGAAGCCCAGCCCUCUUUGGUUCUAGACACAACCACCGCGGUCAGAACUAUAUCCGUGGCGACAUCUCCGAGCACCGAGUACGACUACACCAAACAGAUGUUCCACCUGCAAACCCCAAUCUCGCCUACUUUCUCUACCUCCCCAGCCUCCACGGUAUCUUCAAACUCUCUUACAACACCCCGCCAAAAUCAACUCGCGGUUCCACUCUCGCCAUACCAAAAGCACGGCCCUGCGAUCUGGGAAUCACCAAAGAAAGCCAAGCGCACUGUACAAUUUCUCAAAUACAAGACCUCGCCUACUUCAGCGGGUGCUUCUUCAUCAUCUGCCCCCGAGCUAUCAUUAACAAAUGCCACACCUACGUUGGCUCCACCGCUCAAGCAACUCCAGCAAAAUACCCGUGGGGUCUUCCUGGGGGCCAAGAAAAAGAUUGUGGAGUCGAAGGAUGAUCGCAGGCGGGAGCUGUUGAAGGCCCAGAUCAAGUUUGUUGGGCCUGUUAACCCGCAUACCUAUGUGCAAUCUGAUCCAUGGGUUUAA